AUGGAGAUAGUGCUCAGAUGCACCGAUGGGCUUUUUAAAGGAAGAUUUUUAUAUGUAAAUCCCAAUGUAAUCACUAUUUAGCCAGAAGGUGAAACAUUCGGUUCUGGAGAUCCAAGAGAUUACGAUUUGACUAUGUCAAUUGAAAAAGCUGGCCUUGACCCUCUGCACGCCAGAAUUCUAAAGAAAGGUGACAAGUAUUUUCUUUCUGACCUCAAUACCUCCUCAGGCACCUGAAUAAAAGUCCAGCAAACUACCAAUAUUGGUGAAGAAAUAAAUAUAGGAAAUAUUAUAAGGAUCGGACCUUUUGAUUUUGAAGUGAUGGAAGGUGAAGAAAAAAGCUUAGACGACUAUUGAAUUGAAAAAUAUGAACUAAAAGAAAUUUUAAAUACUCUAGGAGAAGAAUGGACACUGCAAACUUUGCUAAGUGCAGAUAUAGAAAAUUUAAAGCUAGAUAUCCAAAAUAUUGAAAAAGUUUCUCAUGCAAUUAAUGAAAUUAGAGAACUUCCAUGGGCAAUUAAAUGUAUAGGCAUAUCCUUAGAUAGCCCGAUAUGGGCUAGGGAUAGAGGCCAAAACUUCCACUUGGUUUGGCCAAAAUGGAUUGGUCGAACCAAGUGAGAAAUUUUGGCAUCUAUCCCUAGCCCAUAUCGGGCUAUCUAAGGGAUAUGCCUAUAUACGUAUUUUUGUACCUGAGCUUGAAUUCACAGUCGGCUGGGAACCAGUUUAUGUUGGAAGUUCACAAGACACUGAUAUCACUAUUCCGAAUCUAAGCCCAUAUCAAGCUCAAUUUUGCUUUGUAAAUAGCAAGUUUUAUUUGGUAAAUCUCGAUGAAAACACUUUUAAUGUCUAUAGAAAACUAAACGCAGGAGAAGAAUUUCAGCUGAUUCCAGGCUGUGCUUUUCGUAUUGGUAAACUUGAAUUUGAAUGCUGCAGAUAUAACGUUGGGAGAUUUUCUGAAAAAGGAUUAAGGCCUACAAUGGAAGAUGCAGACCAGAUUAUUCAUAAUUUAUUUAUUAGUCCUUUUGAAACAGUAAGUUAUUACGCUGUAUUUGAUGGGCAUGGAGGAUCAAAUUGUGCUGAUUUUUUAAAAGAAAAUUUGCAUAAAAUCAUAAAAAAACAUAUAAAAGGGGAAUCUGUAGUCGAAAAUUGGAAAGGGCCAUUAGUGGACGCUUUUAUAGAGUGUGACCAAUCUUUUCGUGACCAGUAUUAUGAAAUUGGAAAAUUCAUGGGCUCUGCAGCUGUGGCUUGUAUGAUAGUGGAAGAUAAAAUGGUCAUCUGCAAUUUAGGCGACAGCAGAAUCAUUCUUUCACAAAAUGGCCAAGCAGUUCAGCUUAGCAGAGAUCAUAAGCCAGAGCUCCCUGAAGAAACCAAGCGCAUAGAAGCCAAUGGAGGAAUUGUUCUAUUUGGAAGAGUUCAAGGGAAACUUGCAGUUUCAAGAGCUUUUGGAGAUUUUGAGCUGAAAACAGCUUCAGAAAGUGAAGAAACUACUGGGCCACUAGUAAGCAAUGAGCCAGAAAUUCAUAUUAUCCCAAUAACAUCUUCUGAUGAAUUUAUUAUUAUAGGAUGUGAUGGACUUUAUGAAGCCUAUACAAAUCAAGAAUUAGUAAGGCUGACAAGAGACAAACUGAGAAAAAUGCCUCUUUGUGAGCAGGAUCCACAAAGAGUGAUAAAAGAUAUCGUGAGUGAAGCAACACAUGCAAGAAGAACAGCUGAUAAUGUUAGUGCGCUAUUAAUCACAUUAUCUGGAGGAAUUUAA